CGUCAUCUUGAGAGAGCGAGAGAUCAUCUUUGUUCUCCAUUGCUACCUUCUUUCUCAUCUUGUAAACACUUCAUCGGACGACUUAAAAUGGCGCAGCAGUUUGUGCAAACCAAAAUCAAGGGAGAUAAAGUGGUGCUGUUCAUUAAGCCCACGUGUCCGUACUGCAUUACGGCCGAAGAGGUUUUGUCAAAGUACAAAUUCAAGCCGGGACAUUUGGAGAGUGUAGAUAUAAGUAAACGCGGCGACAUGAGCAACAUGCAGGAGUACUUCCUGGAACUCACCGGAGCCCGCACGGUCCCGAGGGUGUUCAUCGGUGAGGAGUGUGUUGGAGGCGGCAGUGACGUGGAGGCGCUUCACAAGAGUGGCAAACUGGAGAGCAUGCUGCAGUCUAUUGGAGCCCUGCAAUGACCGGCUGCAGACCUUCCAGGUCUCCAGGCAUCCGGGUGGGGGGGGUCACAUGACUAUGCAGCGGGACUUGCGCAACUUGCGUCGCCGCUGCUGGUACUCGCUGAGCUCCUGCAGGUAUCCUCUGGACGGCCAGCGUAGCCUCUCCACCUGCUCGCGCUCCUCCUCUGGAACACAGGAACAUAUAAACUGUAAUCUACCGUAAACACAACUAUAAUUACUGUGCCUGGCACACACACACACACACACUCAUACAAAGACAUACACUUUUAACUGCUUGCAUUGUUGCCGAGAACACAGCCAACGAGGCCGAAUAGUCUGAUAAGACUUUGUUUACACCAACAAGCAACAGAGGACCAACGGCUAUCCAUCAUGUGCUGUGGCCUUAUUCUCCCUUUGACUUCUCUUGUGCCCUUAAGUACCCGUCCAAUGACCUUAAACUUGUGUGUAUGACUAAUGAUGUCAAUAAAAUGUGAAACUGCGACUAAACGGAGCAAUGUAGCUGUUAAUCUUUAACUGCGUGCCGAAUGCAUGUGACUAUAAUAACAGUAUUAACUGGUAUUAAGAAUACUACAAGGAUGUAUUACAUCCAGUGUAAUACAUGACAUAUUGUGCUAUAUGGCAGUAUAGCAUAAAGUGCAGAGGUUUUCACAAGUGUCUAAAACCAUGUUGUUGUCAAACCUCCAGAAAUAGAAAGUGAUAAACUUACUUUCUAUUCUCCAAAAGGUGACAACAUGGUUACUAUUGUUUCAAUUGUAUUAAGUGAUUGAUGGACACCUUCAUUACACCUCAUAUUUUACUAACUGGUUGGCCAUUUAGUGAAAAAAUGAGAACCAGCCUACCUUUGGCAGCCCUUAUCUGAGACAGAGAACCUAAUCUACAUUUAUUUUGGGGAGAAGCAGAACAGAUCCUCACAAGCCUGCAGGCAUUCUGACUUGAUCAUUUUCAAAAAAGAAAUCUGACGCCUUCCAUACUGUUGAAAUCAGCAGUUUCAUUUUCACUCUGCAGCAAUUUUAGUUUGCACAGCCAUCACUUACAAGGCUUAUUUGAAUUUGUUGAUACGCGUUUAAAGAAAGA